UUUAAUUCCAAUUAGUUUCUCAUUCAAAUUCAAACUAUUUUAUUACUGUUAUUUUGUUCGUACUUUUUUGGCAGCCGCAACUUUUCGAAAUUCCAAAACCCGACCGGUCAAUGACACCUAGCUACCACACGGCGCUUAUCGGAGGUCCGCGCAACAAUUUUCUGCUGGCUGCGUCGAUCAGUGUUGCAUCGCUGCUGGCUCUGGGGCUUAUGGCCGUCACCAUGGGCGGCUCCGGCGGCCCUGGCGCCAAGCCCAGUUCUGGAAGACGCAAGCACAGCAGACGGCGUAUUCAAAAGACCUUUAUUCGUGGCCUGUACAAUUUGGGCAAUACGUGUUUUCUCAACUCGACAUUGCAAUCGCUGGCAUCGCUGCCUGCCUUCAACGAGUACGUAGAUGCAUGUGCGACACUUCUUAUGGACAGCGUGAACCAGGCCAGCGCGAACAUUACGGCCGAUGCCGCGAUAAUCUUCCGUCUGAAGGAUGUUUUGGGCCAGCUGAAGCCGCAGGGGCGCAGGGUUCCAGCGUACUCGCCCAGCGGUUUGAUCGGCAGCUUGAGCAAAAAGGGAAAGUGGAUGUCGAGCAGAAACGAGCAGGACGCGCAGGAGCUAUUUCAGUUGGUCUCCAGUACACUACAGGCCACACGCCGCGAAAUGGGUGCUUCGCUAUUCAAUUCCGGCUUCUUGUCGCAGAACGCGCCUAUCGAAAGCAGCAUCAUAUCGACUGCCAGCUCUUCGACAAACCAUACAAAUAACCCGCAUAUUCCCAACCCGUUGCAAGGAAUGGCCGCCAGCCGUAUUUCCUGCGUGAAGUGCGGAUAUACGGCUGCAAUUCGGCACUUUACAUUUGAUAAUUUGUCGCUGACUGUUCCCAGGAAGCAUAAGACAACCGUUGAAGAGUCUUUAUCGGUAUACACGGUCAUCGACCAUCUGGAUGACUUUAAGUGCCGGCACUGUACCCUGUCCGCGACACUCGUGCAGAUUAAAUGGGAUAUGGCGCAGCAUACAGCCGACCUGGACAAGCUCUGGGACUCGCCAAAGCGCGCGAAAAGGUUGGCUGAAACGAUCAAAACGCUCACCGAGCAGCAGGAUAGGUUAGAACACGCGCUGGCUAACAAUCCCGAGGACGACCUGAAGGGGAUAGAACUGGUCAGCCCGCAACCAGGAAUGUCGACCAAGCAAACCAUGAUUGCGCGCACACCCAGGGUACUCGCAUUGCAUUGUCGCGCUCAUAUUCAUGCCGAGCGGCGAUGUACUCAAAAACUCGGCCAGUGUCCGUUGCAGCCGCUCCUCGAUAUCUCGCCAUUCACAACAACAGGGCACAUAACCACCAGCGCCUCAAAACCUAUUUCGGGCCCUGCUGUAGCUAUGAGCCAAGAUAAUUCAGAGUGGCUUGCCUAUGCCCAACGCAACAACUGCCUGUAUCGCCUGAGUGCUGUUGUUGUACACGCAGGCAAUCACAACUCGGGUCAUUACAGUGCAUACCGGCGAGUUCGGCCGGCUGCGGGCGACGAGAGUGGAGACGAGAAAGCCGAUGAAGGCGUGUCGGCGAACGAAAAGAACAACAACAACGUGUCGAAACAGUCGCUGUUGGACGAUGGCAGCAUAUGGUUUAUGGCCUCUGACACCCAGACUAUCGAGGUCUCUGAAAGCACCGUGAUGAGCUCUGGCGACGCGUACUUGCUAUUCUACGAGCGGUUGUGAAUUUAUGCUUGUGUGAAGGAUUUGUGGGUGCUGUAAUGUAUUUAAUUUUUUUGAAUAUCAAAUGA